AUGAAAAUCCUUAUCGUGAAUGGGUACAAGUCCAACCUUAUAGGUGACAAGAAGUUCAAGGAGUUUGUCUCCAAGAUCAAGAAUGGGUUCAAGCACACUUUGGCUAGCCGAAUUGACUUUAUCCUCCGAGAUUUGAGUAAUCUUGAUGACUUUUUGUAUGAAUCGUUCUCUUAUGGAGAUAAAGACUCUAAGAAAUAGGUUUGAUUCUAUUGAUUUCGUGUUUAUUGAUGGAGAAAGUAACCUGCUUCCUUGGACUAAGAGGGCCAAGAAGUUCCUCCUCUUGUUCAAAAUGUGAAAAUUAACUGAUAAAUGAUGAUUUGUAGCUGGUUUUGGGCUCAAUUUCCUUGUGUAUUAUUGAGCAACAAACUUUGCAAGUUUAUCUGUGAUCAACGGCGCUGGGAAAGGAGGCAGUCUACAAGAGAUCCAUUAUUUAAACACGAAGGAUCUAUCUAGUUAUGAAGUUAAUGAUGUAUUCUUGGAUAAUGCUACUGGUGACUACUAUAGCUUUAAAAAGGAUCAAUCCAUUUGGCUCCCGAUUGGAAAUGUUGGAAUCCAUUAUUCGAAAGCAACUGAGAAAGGAAAAAUUCGUGACAAGUUGAUGAAGAGAAGUCAACUGCAGAAUUCGAGAUUUAUGAACAGUAAUUCAUCCAGCCAGGUUAUCACUUCGAAAGUGACAGAAAGGAAGUGCGUGGUUAAGAAAGAUUUCUUGAACCAUUGGUUAAUGGAUGGCAUCCCUAAAGAAUUCUUGAUCUCUCAUGAAAGCUUGUGGAAUGUUCAUGAAGUUUCGUUAGCAUCAACAUCUGCUUUUGAGGUGAAUUAUAAUACUCUAGCAGAAUCUGAGAAGGGCCCAGAAAUAUGACAACAUAAGAAUUCCGUUGCCAUGCAAAUGCAUAUAGAUAAAUAAUUAUGAGUACACCAUGAAAAUUCUUGAAAAUUUCAUUGAGAGAAAUAUUUUAAUGAUCCAAGAAAAAGGACAAAUACAUAUGGCAAUUGAGGAGGCUGAAGGAGUGAUGAAAACCUUAAUGUACACUAAAGGCCCUCAUACCUCGAAAUCUGCCAGGCUAAAUCCCAGGAAUAGGCAUAAGAUGAACCAGAAUGAGGUUAAUCAAUUUAAGGCAAAUGCAACAAACUCGGUACGUAAAGAAGGAAUAAGGCCGACUACUGCUGGAACCUUUUAUUCUUCUCGUCCUGGAGCAGGAACCACAAGGAGUUCUACCAGACAGAUAAAAGAAAGAAUAAUGACUGCUUCCAACCGUUCAAGAUUGCAAAGUAGGCAGGUCCGGUUGGAGAGUCCUUCUGAUCCUAAUCUCAGGGGUACCAUGAGAGGGAUGUUUGCUUGCUCUGCUAAUGAGUUAAAUAUAAAGUCUGAAUGUCUCUCAAAUAAUGUCUUAACGCCAGACCAGUACAGAAAUUUGAGGAGACUGACCAGAACAAUGAGAAAUUAUGUCAAAGAGGAGCUAGAAGGUGAGAAGAAGAAAGGAAUACAAUUAUCUCCUUUUGAUAUGAAGAUAUAUCACAAGUUGAACAUGUUGAAAGACAUUAAUCCUGAGAAAACUAACUCUACAAGAGAUAUCCGAAAGCUUCUGCAUCCAACUUUAAGGGACGACCAGUUACCUACUAAGGAUAGAAAUAGUCAUAUCAAGAUGAGUACGCUUUUUAGUUCGAAGAAGAAGCUGAAAGUUCCGUCCAAAUUUUACUCGAGGUUUGUUGAGUUCAAGAAACUUCCUCCUUCAGAUUUUGAAACUCCUAUUAUUGGAAAUGACAGCCCCUAUAUUACAGAAGAGGACUUGAAAAGAAAGGAAUAUUUACAAAGCAAGAAAGGCUGGAUAUCUCCUGAGACUUUUAGGAGUUACUUCAGUAAAGCCACAAAAUCAGAUAAUUUUAUCAAAAAUUAUGUCACAAUGACGCCUUCUGAUCCUCCUAUCUUGCAUAAAUUUCGGUCAGCAAAGAAGGAGGAUUGGCUGUCGCAUGAUUUCAAGUUCUAA